AUGACUGAAUUACAACUUGAAUUAUUUAGGCAUUGUCUAAACUUAAUUUUUUUAUAUUGUCCUAAAAAUAAAAUUGAGUUAAAGAUAUUAUUGACUUUAAUUAAGAAAUUAAAAUAUAAAAUUUUUUACGAGUAAAUAUUUUAGGUAUAUAUAUAGAAACAAUUAGGAAAUGCAGGAUGAGAAUUUAAAUGGCAAGGCAAAAUCUUUGUUAAUUAAUUAUAUUAAUAUGUUUUUAAUAAAAACAAUUUUGUUGUUAUUUCCUUUAUUAAAUCAAGCCGAAAGAUUAAAUCAUUAAGGAGCGAAGCCUUUAUAUAUGAACUGCAUGUCGAUAAAUGAAAGUUUUAAGAAUUUAAUAUAUUGUAGGAGAUAACGGCUUUGUGGGAAGCUAGUACUUUUAUGAAUACCUUUCAUAAUCUGAAAAUUUGCUAAAUCUUGAUAAAAUUACGUACACCUUAUGGAUAAACAUAUAUUAAAAACCUAAAUUGACUGGAAGGUAAAUUUUGUUUGCUUUUAUCGAUGGUAACACAAAUAAUCCUGUAAAGUAUUAACUUAUAUUAGUAUCUUAAUUUAAUGUUGUAUUACUAAUCAUAAGUGGGAAAUCAUAAUCUGACAUUAGCGAAUUAGAAAUAGUCUUCAGAUAUCCUUAACCUAACAAGGUAUAAAUUUUAUAGAUUCAAAGUAUACUGAUCUUCAUUUUGGCAGUUGGUACCAUAUAGUAGUAUCUAUAGAUUAGAGCACAAGUAAUACUUUUAUUAAUUUGAAAUUUUUUUCUACAUAUGAUUAGAACAUGAAUUCGAUUCAAGAUACUCUAGUGAAUUAAAAGUAAGUAAUUUAUUUAAAAUUAGAUUAAAAUAUAAUUUUGGGGUACAUUCUAGAAUAACAAAUGAGUAAUUAUAUAAGUCCUCUACUGAUUACAAGGCAUGUGUAAAAAUUGCUAAUUUUUAUUAUCUCAACGGAUGGACCACUAUGGAUUCAGAAAUUUAAUUAGAUUAUGAUUUAGAGCUGAAAUACUUUUUAAAACCUUAUCAACUAAAAGGUCUCAAUGUUACAGAUUAAUUUAUGAAUGUAAAUCUUAGAAAAUAGUCCAACCCAAUAUUUUAUAGUGAUUCUAUUGGAUUGCUGUUAUUUAAGAAUACACAGAUAGUGUAUACCUUUAUGGAAGAUCCAGUUUCUUUAACAAUGAUGUUUUGGAUUAAACCAUAAAAUAUAGUAUCACUUUUUUAAUUUAUUUCUUUGACUGAUGAUGUAUUGAAGCAAGUAAGCAUAGGUUUUGGAGUCGAUUUUGACUAUAAAUUAUAAUUUCAUUAAAAUUAUGGUAAUUCAGCCAUAGGUCCCCUAACUGAUAGCACGUGGUCUCAUGUGACAGCUGGUGUUUUAGAGCUAAGUUAUGAUUCUAAUUUUAUUCCAACAAAUAAACAAAAGUUAUUACGAGUUUAUAUUGAUAGCUAAUAGGUUUAAUCGAAAAUCAUAUUGAACUUAAUAGCAUACAAAAGAUUAAUAUUUGGACCAACAGCCACUGGUAGCUUUGGAGCAGAAAUGAUUGAUAUUUAAGACAUCAGAAUUUUUAAAGGUUGUGGCAUUUAAACAGGUUGAGGGGAUUGUUUAUUAUUUGUUGGUGCUUAUUGUGCUUUCUGUUCACCUAAUACUCAUUAUUGCAAAGAGCAAGAUCCAAAUGAUGAUAUAAAUAUCUAUAAUUGUCCAGCUGGCUUUAAAGAAACCUAGAAUGGUUGUUUUCCUAUAGCAAUCUAGAAUUGUCUUAGACAAUAAGGAUCAGGUUGUAUAAAUUGUGCAAAUAAUUAUUAUUUAUAUAACGGAUAAUGCUAUUAGAUAUAACCUUUACUCUCUCCAUAUAAUUGCUAAAAUGAUAAUGCAAUAUUUUGCAAAAGAAGCAUAACGAGUUCUACAAAUAAGAUUGAAUAGAGCAAACUUUGUAAAACAGAUUUUAACAGUUAGAAUAAUACAGCUUAUUGCCAAAAAGAUUCACAAAAUACUUGUUAAUAAGCUCAAUUCUAUAAAAAAUGUUAUAAAUGCAAAGAUGGUUACUAUUUAACAGAGUAAAAUACCUGUCAACAGACUUGUACUAUAAAUUACAGAUUUUAGUAAAAUCAAGUUUGCCAAAAAAAGUGUCCAGGAAAAUAUUUAUAUAGAUACAGUUGUUCUAAUCCAGAUUAAGAUCCUAAAUACUAAUGUAAUAGUGCGAACUAUUGCAAUGAUAACGAAAAAAUAUCGGUUAUUAUUGUCUAAAUAGAGUAGAAUAAAGUGGUAAGUACUUAAAAUGUGAAUGGUAUGGUCAAAUAGAAAAGGAUUGCGAUUAAUCCUGUAAAUAUUGCUUUGGUGGAAAGGAUAAUCAAUGCUUGGGCUGUUAUAAUAAUUAAUUCUUUAGUCCUUAUGAUACAAAAUGUGCUAGCGAUUGCAAUAUUCUUAGCUUAUUUAAAUAAAAUAAUAGAGAUACAAUGGUUUGUGAAAUAGAAUGCCCACCUCCAUAUUUAACGUAGGAAUUAGAAUGUGUGAAGAGUUGUGCAAAUGGUUAUGCUACUUAUAAUAAUACAAUAUGUUUAAAAUAAACUCAAAUUACAGAUAAUUUCUUAGUUACUUACUAUGAUUCUUCGCAACCAAAGACUGUAUUUACUAAUUGUCCUCAAGCUUGUUAAACAUGCACAAGUUAAACAUAUUGUACUAGCUGUCUAAAUAAUUAUAUUUUAAACUAAAAUAAAUGUCCUACAAAAUGCUAUCCACAAUAUCUCUAUGUUAAUCAAUAUGGUGUGAGCAAUUGCUUAACUAGCUGCGAUCCAACUGAUUUUGUAUAUGACAACGCUAAUAUUGACGGAUAUUAAAUUAGACAAUGCUUCAAACUUAAAUGUGGGUCCAUCUAGAUUAAUAAGUAGUAAUAAACUUAUUUUCAUUAAACCAAACCUUUAACUUGUGUGUAUCCAUGUGAUGAUCAAUAUUAUGCUAAAUAAAGUACAUAUUAAUGCACUAAAUGUGAUCCAAUUUGUUAAAAUUGUUAAAACUCAGCCACUUUUUGCACUAAAUGCUGGCCAGACAAGUUUCUUUAAGAUAAUAAUUGUUUUGUUUCUUGCGAAUCUAAAUUUAAGAAUUAUAACAAUAAUUAGUGCGAAGGAUCAUGCUCUAGCGGAUUUACUAUUAAUGACAAAGUUGCUGGAAUUAGUAUUCAAGCCUGUGUCAAAUUUUGUGGGCAUAUAUUUUCUUAAUUCACCUAUGUACUCGAUACUCAAUGCUAUUAGACUCCUCCACAAAUUGGAGAGUAUUGCAUAGGCUAUUAAUGUUAUAAUUGCUAUUAUAAAUGCAAGACUUGCUCUGGUUCUUUAAGUGAUUAAUGUUUAUCUUGUUAUGAUUAAACAUUUUUCUUAAAUAAUUAGUGUGUACUAGAUUGUAAUACUAAGUUUUAUGAUUUGUUAAAUUGGAUGUGCGUUGAUGUUUGUCCAAACAAUGCAUUCACAACAUCUGGCUAUUAAUUAAUUAAUACAAAUUAUAUAAGAGUAAUAUCUUGUUCCUCCACAUGCCUAUAUAAUUAAUAUUAAUAUAAGACUUAGUGUACUGAUACUUAACCAGAAGGAACUUACUGUAGACAAAAGACAAAUUAUCAGUUAUGUGAUAAAUGCACAGCUGUAUGUAAAGCAUGUUUUGAUUCGUAUUCAACUACUUGUUAUGAAUGCAAUGUAGGUUCAUAUUUAUAUGAUACUACUUGCUCUACCGAGUGUCCUGAUGAUAUUCCCUAUAAAGAUACGAUUAAUAAUAUGUGCGUUGUUGUUUGCACAAGUUAUUAAGAAGAUGGAUACUGUGUUGAGAGUUGUUCAGAUAAUUAUUACAUAUAUGAUGCUGAGUUAUAAUGUUAUUAAUUUGGUUGUCCAGAAGGAACAUAUAACGAAGUUAAUACAUUUAAUUGUUAUGCUUGUGCUCUUGGAUGUGCUACAUGUACUGAUGGGUCAUCAAAUUCAUGCAUCACUUGCAUUGAUGGAUAUUUUCUACAAGGUAAAUCAACAUGUACGAAUGUCUGUAAUGUUAAUCCAGAUAUUGUUUAAGAUUGGACUAAUGGAAGGUGUGCUAAAUCGUGUCCUACUGGAACGUAUUUGUAAACCUUACCUAGUGGGUAUUUAGCAUGUAAAGACACUUGUCCUGGAUAUUAUUAUUCAAAUAUUUGUGUUGCAACAUGUCCUGCUCAAACUUUUCCUGACGGAAUAACUUGUACUUCAUGUGCAGGACCAUGUAGUGUUUGUUAUGGUGAAUAAGUUAAUCAAUGUACAAAAUGUGAUUCUGGAUAUUACUUGGCUGAUACUACUUGUGUUGAAGUAUGUCCAAAUACAAAACCUUAUGCAAAUCUAGCUAAUUAAACUUGUGUCUCAACUUGACCAGAUUACUUGUAUUUAGCUUAAAAAAUCUGUUUUAGCCCUUGUCCAAGUUUCUUAUCUAUUUAUCAAUUAAGUGGGAAAAAAGAAUGCGUUGAUUAAUGCUAUUCUAAAUCUUAUUUAUCUUCAGGAUUUUGCUAUCCAUGCAAUUCUAGUUGUAAAGAAAUGUAUGGGCCUAUAAAUGGAAAUUGUUUAUAAUGUGAAUCCCCUAACUAUUUAUAUUAAUAAAAAUGCGCCACGACUUGUCCAUCAUAAUUAUAAACUGACUUAACAGAUAGAACUUGCAAAUAAUCUUGUCCAUCCACUACUGUUAUAUAAGGUUAGUAUUGCAAAUCCAGUUGUGAUAUAAAUUAUUUUUUGUAUGGUUAACUUUGUGUUGCAACAUGUCCAACAUAUACCUACAAAUCAACAUCUGAAAAAAAUUGUAUACUUUGCAACUCUCUAUGUAGGUCUUGUAAUGGACCUUUAGUAAGUUAGUGUAAUUCUUGCAUAGACAAUUGCUUAUUAAAUGGUAAUACUUGCACACAAACUUGCCCUGCUCUAUAUGAUUACGAGGCUUAAAAAUGUGUAAGCACUUGUGGUACAAAGUAUGAAUUAACUGACUUAAAAAGUUGUGUGACAACUUGUCCAACUGGAUAUCUAAAAUGUAUUAAAAAAUGUUUGAAAACUCCACCUGAUGGGUAUUAUUCAGAUGGAGUUAGUUGCAUUUAAUGCAGUAGCAGAUGUACCAAAUGCACAUCUUCAACUGCAUGCUAAGCAUGUAGUUAAAAUAAUUAUCUAACAUUGUAAACCUGUUAAAAUACUUGUACCACUAAAUAUCUUUAUAUGGAUUCAACAACAUAGACAUGCGUUACAAAACGUCCACCCUAACUUUACCAUUAAGAAUCCUAUGAUAAAAGGAUUUGUGUUGAGGAUUGCAUCGUAGGCUAUAAAUUUAAUGAUUAAUGUGUAAGUUCUUGUCCAAAAGGAAUGUAUAUUAAUAAUAAAUUCUGUACGAAUUGCCCUUAGGCAUGCGAAGACUGUACUUCAGCAACAAAUUGCAAAUCAUGUGUGAAAGAUUAUUUUUUGGAAAAUGGACUGUGUUAAUUGAGCUGUUUGGUUGGAAAAACUGAUUAUAAAAACCAUACAUGUGUCUCAUAAUGUGAUCCAUCAUUAUUUGAAUAUCAAAAUUAAUGUUUAGAAAGUUGUCCCACAAAUCCAGUAUUUUAUUAUCAUUCAAAUAUCUGUAUGGAUGCAUGUCCAAAUAGUACAUUCUAGAAUAAUUAAGAGUGUCUUGAUUGUGAUGUUUCAUGCUCAUCAUGUAUUGGCCCCUGAACAAUGAUUGUCUAAUUUGCAAAGAAACCUAUUAUUUGCAUGACUAAUAGUGUAUUCUUACUUGUCCUCAUUUGUAUAAUGAAGUAGAUAGAUCUUGUGUUAUUUCUUGUCCUCGAAAUCUUCUUUUGGAUGGAAAUAAGUGUGUUAUAAUUUGUAGUUAGUACAUGUACUCUAAUGCCUGUUUGUCAAAUUGUCCAUUGGGAACAUACGAUUCAAAUUUGAUUUGCUAUGAUUGCUCUUAUAAUUGUCUUGAAUGCGAUUCUUUUGGAUGUAAUAAAUGUGCAAAUGGAUCAUUUUUAAAUGAAGGAAGUUGUAGUAAUUAUUGCCCAUACUAUUAUAAUAUUGUCUUAAAUAAAUGUGAGUAAUAGUGUCCAGAAGGAACAUUUCUUUAUAUUGAUCAAUGCUAUGCAUCUUGUCCAGCAAAUACAUAUACAUAUCUCUAAACAUGCAUUACAGAUUGCCCGUUGAGAACUAUUUUAAUAGAUUCUAUUUGCUACUAAUGCCCAGAGAGAUGUUCAGUUUGUAAAAAUAAAUAUGAAUGUCUGAAUUGCGAUGAACCUUAUUACUAAUAUAAAGGAGAAUGUGUUGUGGCAUGUCCAACAGCACUUCCCUAUUAGAAUAAAAUUUAUUAUGUCUGUUAAUCAGAAUGUUCUCCAAAUACAUAUGAAAAAGGAUAUGACUGUGUUAAAGAAUUUGAUUUAAUCAUCAAUUAGAAUAAAUGUUUAAAACAAUAUCCCUACGGAUAUUAUGGUAAUACUAUAUGCAAAGUAUGUAAAUUGGAGUGUAAGGCUUGCACUGAUUUUAAUAUAUGCACAGAAUGCUCAGACAAUUUUUACCUAGAGAAUAAUUAAUGCGAUACUUAAUGUACGAGAAUCAAAGACUUGAAAUAAAAGAAAUGCGUUGAUUCGUGUUCCUUGCUUUUGUAUAAAAAUGUGUGCUAUGAAAUUUGUCCUGUAAACACAUAUUAACAUGCAAAUACUUGUCUUCAAAAGUGCCCAGAUAGAUAUUUAGUUUGGCAGAAUUCAAAUGUGAAAAAUGUCCUUCUUAAUGUAUAACAUGCACAUCUUUUGAUGUAUGUAAUAGUUGUAAAAUUGGAUAUUCCUUAUAAUAAAAAUAAUGUUUAGAUUAAUGUCCCGGCAAAUUAUUAUCAAAUCCAUUAACUAGUGAAUGCUCUUAAUCAUGUCCAGAUAAAACAUACAUCUUUAAAAAUUCAUGCUUGUAUGAAUGUCCAAGUGAUUACUUUAAUGACACCGAAAGUUAAAAAUGUGUUUCAUCUUGUAGCAAAUAAUAAUAUCUGACUAAAAACAAUUGUUAUCCCUGUUCAUUUGAAUGCGAUUAAUGCACAGCUUAUGGAAAUAAAAAUUGUAUAGCCUGUGCAACUAAUUUCGUUUUAACCGAAGAUGGACAUUGUUUUGGAAAAUGCAAAGUUGGCUAUUAUUAAACAUCAAAUUCUUGUGAGCGAUGCUUACAUAGAUGUCUCUCUUGUUAGAAUGGCACAGAAUGUUUAUAAUGCAGAGGAAAUAAUAGAGAUUAACUUGAUUGUUCAUGUCCCAAAGGAUUCUAUGAUGAUCCUUUCUAUGACAAUUGUUAAAAAUGCCCAUGUGAGGAAUGUACUUCUUAAUCUGAGUGUCUAGUAUGCAAAAAUAAUCUCUAAAUUCCAAACUGUUCAUGUAAUAGGAGACUCAAUGAUGAUUGGUGUAUUACUUGCCAAGUAGCAUCUUUAUUCAAUACAUUUUACAAUACUUGUAAGACUAUUGAGAUUAAACAAAUAUUGUUGGAAGGGACUGCAAAGAAGAUCCAAGAGGUGUUAUUUUGGUCUCUUCAUGAAAUGGAUAACGAAGAUUAUUAUUUGUAAAUGGAUGCAUUCUUAGCAGAUUAAAAAAGUGAAUUCAAUAUUCCAAUAGGUACCCUAGCCUCUAAUGCUACAUAUAAAAUAACAGCCAAAUAUAUGAAUUUCUUAAACAGGGUAAAUUUCACAACAUUCACAUUCACUACGCUGCCUGACUUAGUUCCUUAUGUUUUUCUAUAAUAUAAUCCUUUGAUAGCAAGGGUUUAUGUUUUCGAUUGUAAAGUUACAUAAUUUAAUUUGGCCAUUCAAAUUUCUGAUUCCAAUAAUACAACUUACCUUUCCAUACAGCAACCAAUUAAUCACAUUUAUGAAGUCCCAUUAAAUGAAUCUCUUUUACCUAAAGAAACCCAGUUACUUUUUAUGGCAUCAACAGGAAGCUCAAUCAUUUAAGAAAAGAUUUAUCUAAAAACAAAAAAAAUUGACAUUUAAUUCCUUCAAAAGAAUAGAUUUAUUGGAUUAGACAAUUAAAUUAAUGCAAGAGCUUUCGAUAGGAAUGUAUAAGAUGAAGUUUUAAGUACUUUAAAUAUUGAAUAUUAAUGGUGUUGUAAUAAUUUAUUCAAUUUAUAACCUUGUAAGACAGAAGAAAAUAAGAUUAUGGAAUUUCCAUCCAGAAGAAUUGCUGACAUUUUUGCAGAUAGUUAAAAUACUACUUUUGUCUUCUUUGUUAAGGCAUCGAAAGAUAAUAGAUGGACAGUAAAAGAGCAAUUGAUAGUUGUCACAGAUUUUGAAAUCGAGGAAGAAUUUGUAUUAAAUUAAGAAAUUCCUCAAAAUGCUGUCAAUCUUAAUGAUGAAAUAACUAUUUUAAUUAGAAAUAAUUAAAAAUAUGCUUUCAUUAUUUAAGAAUUCAAAAUCUUGGCUUCUAUCAAAACUAUUGGCUCAACUUUAAAGUUUAGACUCGCAAGAUUAACAACAAAUUAUAACAGUCCUGUGUACAUAUAUCUAGUUCCAGGCAAUGAAUCUAUAGUAUUUCAGCUAAAUCGUCCUCCUUCAAAUGUUUAAUUCAACAUAGAUCCUCUUGUAGGUGAAUCUUUAGAUUACUUUAACUAUUCAAUCCAAAACUUAUCACCUGGAAAUACUUUUAGCAUUUAUUACUAUUUCGAGAAACUUAUUCUCUAAAAUGAUAUAAAUCUAUAAUCCAUUAAUUAUGGUAUGCCUGUGGUAAUUAAUUCUUAAGAAUUUGAAGGUUCCUUUAACUUCCAAAUGGAAUUAUUAAUGAUGCAAUAUCUGUUCUGUGUUAAAUUGAAUCAGCAAAGGGAUCAAAGUCUUAUUUAGUAUAAGAUAUUCAAGUCAAUAGAAAAAAUUAUCAGUCAAAUAAAUUGUACGAAUCAUUCAAUAAUUAAACUAAUUUUUCAAAUUUGCAAAGUAUUCACACUAUGACUAAACGAAUGGAAAUAGAAUAAUAAUAAGUCUGCUUGAAAUAAUGCUCAGGUGUUGGUACAUGCAUCUACAAAAAGUGUAAAAUGUCCUUCAUAAUAUUAUUUUGAUGAUUGCAGUGGAACCAGAGAAGAAUACAAUAAUUUUGGCAACCUUAUUUUAAAAGCUUUGCAAUAAUUAAUUAAAACUCCAAUAAAAAAUGAUGAUGAGUUUAGAUUAUUUAGCUAAUCUUUAUUGUAUUUAUCCACUCUAAAAGAUUUAAAUAAUACAAUUUCAAAUUCAGAUUGCUAAACAAUAUUAGAAUAAUACAUUUAAAAUCUUAAUUCAAGAUUAGAAAAAAUUAACCAAUAUUCAAUUAAUCUUUAAUAUCAGUCUACUGCUUAUCUGAAUUACUCUCAAAUUGACAUAAGAUCAUUGGAAAAUUAGAAUGAUUUACACACAGCCUUAAAGAGCACAGUAUUUAUGUGGGCUAAAACUUUAUUUACUGAAGACUCUGCUGUCUAUUAAUUGCAAACUCGUUUAAAAAGCUUUUUGUCAGCCAUCAUAGAAUUAUCUCUAUUUGGUAUUGAAUAAAAUGAAUCUAUUGAUUAUUCAUUUGAUACAGCCUUUUUAAAAAUGUAAAGAAUUAAUAAUAUAUCCAAUAUCACAAAAGCAAGAAUAUUAGUUGAAUCCACUGAAGAUAAUUCCAAUGAUUCAGAAUACUAUGACGUUGUUUAAGCUAUAUAUAUUCGUAAUUACUUCGCUUUUGAUGGUUACUAUCCAUACCCCUUACAAUUAUAUCCACUUUACGAUUACUAAAUACGUCAAUAAAAUAGAAAAUACAAUAUUUAAUUAUAGUCUUAUAUUUCAUACAAAUUUAAAGUACUUAAUGACACUAAAAAUCUGGUUUGUUUAAUGAGAAAUUCUGAGACUUAUGAAUGGUCAAAUGAAAAUUGCACAAUUCAUGAAUCCAAUACAUCCUAUUUUUGUAAUUGUACAACACUUGCUCCAACAACCAUUUGUAAUGAUUAUGACUACCUUUUUUCAAGUUUUCCUUAGUUUAAUUGAAUAUCCCCAAUCUGCUAUAUAUUAUUUACUUUGCUUAAUUAAUCAUAUUAGGAAUAUUCUUCAUGAAGGCAAGGAAGUCUCAGUAUGAAAAGUCUAUAGAUAAUAAUAAGUUUGGUUAAGUUCUGAAAUUAGCAAAGAGUAGUAAAGUAGCAAUUGUAGGAAAUAAAAUUGUUCCUAUUGAGAACGAAAAACUAACUGCUUCGAUUGAGUCAAAAUAAAAUUAAAAUAUAUAACGAAGGGCAGAUAAGGACAAAUUUAGUUUUAAUAACUUUUGGGUACUAAAUACAUUUAUCAUAGAAAUAUCAUUUUUUAACUUCAAUUAUAUAUAAAAAAAUUUGUUACUUUAGCUCAUUUCAACGUUCUGUUUUGAUUGUAUUGAGAUGGAAUCAAGCUAUUAUAAUUGGAGAAGUUUUAAGUCUUCUUGGAUUUAAUUAUGAUAUUUCUAUGUGGAUCCUAUUAUCAUCAAUCAUUUUUAGUAGAAUUUUUGAAUACAUUUUCAAAGUAAUUAAUUUUUAUAAUUUAGACUUAAGUCAAAUACUUUUUUUAUAUGAAAUAAGUAAUAAUUCUUUUUAUUAUUAAAUUAUUCCUAUUCUUGUUAGGUUCGCAACAUUUUAAUUUGGAAUAUAUUUCUAUUUAAUGAUCUAGAAUUAAACAAGUUUGGUAUUAGCUACUAAUUAAUCAUUAGAUAAUUUCAUAUGACUUUGCCAUUUUAAUUGAUCUACUAUUUUUGGAUAUGAUCUUAUUUAUUGCCAAUAAAUUUUUUGGAUAAGGGAAGAAAAAUUAAUUAGAAAAAAACUUAGAGAAUUUAAAUUUAUAGCCAAGGCCUAGUGCAUCAGUUAAUUUUGAAAUUAUAUAAAAAUACNGAUCAUUGGAAAAUUAGAAUGAUUUACACACAGCCUUAAAGAGCACAGUAUUUAUGUGGGCUAAAACUUUAUUUACUGAAGACUCUGCUGUCUAUUAAUUGCAAACUCGUUUAAAAAGCUUUUUGUCAGCCAUCAUAGAAUUAUCUCUAUUUGGUAUUGAAUAAAAUGAAUCUAUUGAUUAUUCAUUUGAUACAGCCUUUUUAAAAAUGUAAAGAAUUAAUAAUAUAUCCAAUAUCACAAAAGCAAGAAUAUUAGUUGAAUCCACUGAAGAUAAUUCCAAUGAUUCAGAAUACUAUGACGUUGUUUAAGCUAUAUAUAUUCGUAAUUACUUCGCUUUUGAUGGUUACUAUCCAUACCCCUUACAAUUAUAUCCACUUUACGAUUACUAAAUACGUCAAUAAAAUAGAAAAUACAAUAUUUAAUUAUAGUCUUAUAUUUCAUACAAAUUUAAAGUACUUAAUGACACUAAAAAUCUGGUUUGUUUAAUGAGAAAUUCUGAGACUUAUGAAUGGUCAAAUGAAAAUUGCACAAUUCAUGAAUCCAAUACAUCCUAUUUUUGUAAUUGUACAACACUUGCUCCAACAACCAUUUGUAAUGAUUAUGACUACCUUUUUUCAAGUUUUCCUUAGUUUAAUUGA